AUGAUGAAACUCUCCAACAAUACCUGCCAGGAACAGUUCCUCUUGCUGGGCUUCUCAGACAGACCGAGGCUGGAGUCCAUCCUCUUUGUGUUUGUCCUCAUCUUCUACCUGGUGACUUUAGUGGGCAACAUCAUCAUUAUCCUAGUUUCCUAUCUGGACCCCUGCCUCCACACCCCCAUGUACUUCUUCCUCACCAACUUGUCCUUCCUUGACCUCUGCUUCACUACCAGUUCCAUCCCUCAACUGCUCUUCAACUUAGGAGGCCAAGACAAGAGCAUCAGUUACAUUGGCUGUGCAGUCCAGCUGUUCAUGUUUCUUGGCCUAGGAGGCACUGAAUGUGUUUUGCUGGCCGUCAUGGCUUAUGACCGCUUCACUGCAAUCUGCAAACCCCUUCACUACUCAGUCAUUAUGCAUUCUCAACUUUGCUGGAAGUUGGUGUCUGUAGCCUGGAGUGUGGGACUUCUCAACUCUCUGGUCAUGUCUCCUGUGACUAUGAGGCUGCCGCGAUGCGGCAGAUGCCAGGUAAGGCACUUCCUGUGUGAGAUGCCAGCUCUGAUAAAAAUCGCCUGUGUGGAUACCGUGGCUGUGGAAAGCACUGUCUUCGUUUUAUCUGUGAUAAUCGUGCUGGUGCCCUUGACUCUCAUCCUCAUUUCUUACAGCUAUAUUGCUCUAGCAGUGAUAAGGAUCAAGUCGGCCUCGGGAAGGAGGAAGGCUUUCAACACAUGUGGGUCCCACCUCACUGUAGUCUCCUUGUUUUAUGGGAAUAUCAUCUAUAUGUAUAUGCAGCCCGGACACAAGGCUUCUCAGGACCAAGGGAAAUUUCUUACCCUCUUCUACAACUUGGUAACCCCCAUGUUAAACCCUGUCAUCUACACACUGAGAAACAAGGAUGUAAAGGGAGCGCUGAAGAGGCUUGUGACUAGGAAAUGA